GUAUCAAAUUAUAAUACAACACAUCUGCAAGAAAUUAUUGAUGCUAAAAUGUUAUUACCAAGUAUCAAUCAAGUUGCAUUUAAUCCAUACAAUUAUCGAACUGGACGAGCUGAUUUACUUAAAUUUUGUCAAAAGAAUAAUAUUUAAUUAGUAGCUUAUUCACCAAUAGGAGCACUUGAUGCUCAUCAAUUUCCUGUUACGCAUGAAGGUAAAGUAACAGGCAUGUACCCGACAUUACUUCAAGAUCCUUUGAUUAUUUCAUUGGCUAGAACUUAUAAACGUACUGAAGCACAAGUUCUAUUGCGAUGGAUACAUCAACAAGGUGUUGCCUCAAAUCCACGAUCAAUGAAUGAAACACACAUGAAAGAAAAUCUCGAUAUUCUCUCGAAUCCAUUUACUAUUAGCGAUGAUGAUAUGAUACGCAUUGCUAAUCUAGCUCAAGAUACAUGCGAAGUCGAUCCAAGUUGGUAUGAAUGUGUAGGAGAUGGCAAUCUUCCAUAA